CCACGUGGCUCUCUUGGAACAGCAGCUUCAGCCCCGAGAUCUUCUGGAGAGCCAAGUGGCAUUGACAAGUUGGGCUCCCAAAUCGUGGAUACAUUCUCCCUCCUGCUUCUUCUGCAAGGGAUCAUUUCAGGAUUACUCCCCUUGUGUCCCCCCCCAGCCUUUGGAAGUCUCAGAGUCAUAGAUUUUUCUAUAACCACCCUGAAAUUUUCUUACACUGGAAGGAGCUAUUUUCUCCCAGACACAUUGUAAUUAAGGGUCCACAACCAUGCUAGACAAUUUUAAAGGCUCUUUAAGGCUUCUAAGUUCUAUAGUGGUCCUUGGAUUUCAGCUUGUCAUUCCGCAGUCCUCAAUUGAACACAGAAAGGUUCCACAAAGGAUAGAGGAGCAAAAUGCUGGCACAGAAGAUGACAAUUCGGGGAUCCCUGGGACAUGGGGCGCUUGGGGGCCCUGGUCGGCCUGCUCUAGAAGCUGUAGUGGUGGAGUGAUGGAGCAAACACGGCCCUGCCUUCCGGGAUAUUAUUACGAAAGGAGCUAUCGUAGGCCUGGACAGUUCUCAGCCUCUGAAAAGACUCUUGCUCACCAGCAACCCCACCACCAUGAAGACUUGCUGAAUCCUUAUUCUGGGCAUGUCAUCUCCGCCAUCCGCACAUCAGUGCCUCUUCACAGGAAUGAGGAGCAGCUGCGAGCAGGCCUCUGGACCAGAGUCUCCUCAGCAGGCCAUAACGACAGCCACUUGAACCAGGGAGCCUCAAGAGCAGGUCGGCUUUCUCAGUCUCGGAGGCGUAGCCCCAAGGGCGAAAGAAGAGGCAGAAACAAAGAUCCCAUUGGACCUGGGAAAUAUGGCUAUGGGAAAGUGCCCUAUAUACUACCCUUGCAGACUGACACAGGACAGGUGCCAAAGCAGCCACGAAAACAGCGGAAGGCAGCCCGGAAUACAGCAAGCCAACAGGGUGCAGCUGGUGGGACCCCCUUUGCUCAUCAGGUAAACCCUUCGCCUCAUCAUGGAAGCCUGUACCAAGAAGAUCACAGGUCUCCAUUCAGGCCUCAGGUUGUAAGUGGCUCCAUUUACCCACAGGCUGUUUCCCGCCUGCAGGCCUUCCCAGCAUCUCAAAGUUUGUUCCAUGGCAUGGACUUGAGUGCGCAUGUUCCCGUAGCUCACCAGCCAGCCCAAAGCCAGACUGCUGCUCAGAGGACCUCAGCGAUCGUGUGCACUGGAGCCUACAAGCAGCACAAACUCUGCAACACAAAUGUGUGUCCUGAGAACAGAAGCAUCAGGGAGGUACAGUGUGCAUCCUACAACAACAAGCCUUUUAUGGGGCGAUUCUAUGAGUGGGAGCCUUUUGCGGAAGUUAAGGGCAGUCAGAAAUGUGAACUCAACUGCCAAGCAGUAGGUUACCGAUUCUACGUGAAACAAGCAGAGAAUGUCAUUGAUGGGACACCGUGUGACCAAAAUGGAACCUCUGUCUGUGUCUCCGGACAAUGCAAGAGUAUUGGCUGCGAUGACUAUCUUGGCUCCGACAAAGUGGUAGACAAAUGUGGAAUAUGCGGAGGGGAUAACACAGCUUGUCAAGUUGUCUCUGGUGUCUUCAAGCAUACCCUGACCAAUCUUGGCUACCACAAAAUAGUAGAAAUUCCAGAGGGGGCUACAAAAAUCAACAUUACAGAGAUGUCAAAGAGCAACAAUUACUUAGCAUUGCGGAGUCGAUCAGGGUGGUCUAUUAUCAAUGGGAACUGGGCAAUUGAUCGGCCUGGGCGAUAUGAGGGAGGAGGAACAAUAUUCACCUACAAGCGCCCCAAUGAAAUCUCAAGCACUGCAGGGGAAUCCUUUCUUGCAGAUGGCCCAACAAAUGAAAUCUUGGAUGUCUAUAUGAUUCAUCAGCAGCCCAACCCAGGCAUACAUUAUGAGUACAUCAUUCCAGGGCCCAACAUCAUUAGCCCUCAGGUGCCUCUUCAUCGACAGCCAGGGAAGCCAUUCAAUGGCCAGUUGGAUGUGACAGACACAGUGAAUUACAGGGAAGGCGAUUUGCACGGGGAGACAGGCACUCACAUGGGUCAGCCUAUAGGGACCUUCCCAGCUAUUCAGCCAGGAAGGUUUCUUCAUCAUCAGCCAGACAACCAGGUGCCUGUUGGUCAGCCACCAAGACGCAGCCGAGAGCACAACUGGAAGCAAAUUGGAAUGACUGAAUGCUCCACUACAUGUGGGAAAGGGUCACAGUAUCCCAUCUUCCACUGUGUAAACCGAAAUUCUCACGAGGAAGUGUCCGAGAGUUACUGUGACAUCAGCACCAAGCCCACCCCUGAAGAGGAAGCCUGCAACAUCUUCCCUUGCCCUGCCUUCUGGGAUAUAGGGGAGUGGUCAGAAUGCAGCAAGACCUGCGGCCUCGGAAUGCAACACCGCCAAGUUCUCUGUCGGCAGAUCUACGCCAACCGCUCCCUCACAGUCCAGCCUCACCGCUGCCAUCACCUGGAGAAACCAGAGACCACAAGUACGUGCCAGCUGAAGAUCUGCAGCGAAUGGCAAAUUCGGACAGAGUGGACAUCGUGUUCAGUGCCAUGUGGAGUGGGUCAGAGGACACGAGAUGUAAAGUGUGUCAGUAACCUCGGAGAUGUUGUUGACGAUGAGGAGUGUAACAUGAAGUUGCGCCCAAAUGAUAUUGAGAACUGCGACAUGGGUCCUUGUGCAAAGAGCUGGUUUCUUACAGAAUGGAGUGACCGGUGUUCAGCUGAAUGUGGCUCCGGUGUCCGGACACGCUCCGUCAUAUGCAUGACCAACCACAUCAGCAGUUUGCCACUCGAGGGCUGUGGGCACAACAGACCGUCGGAAACAACUCCCUGUGACAAUGGACCGUGUUUGGGGAAAGUAGAAUGGUUUGCUGGAAGCUGGAGCCAGUGUUCAGUGGAAUGCGGCAAUGGGACCCAGCAGAGAGAAGUCAUUUGCAUUAGGAAAACUGAGAACAGCUUUGAUAUGUUGAACCCCUACGAGUGUUCAUUUCUGGAGAGACCUCCCAGCCAGCAAACCUGCUACCUCAAGCCUUGUGGGGCUAAAUGGUUUAGUACUGAAUGGAGCUCGUGCUCCAAAUCCUGCGAAGGUGGCUUCCGAAUCCGAGAGGUGCGAUGCCUCUCAGAUGAUAUGAUACCCAGUAGCAAAUGUGAUCCACAGCUUAAACCUGAGGAAAAGGAUCAAUGCAACACUCAGGACUGCAUACCUGAAAUAGAUGAAAACUGCAAAGACAAGUAUUACAACUGCAACGUCGUAGUGCAAGCCCGGCUCUGUGUCUACACGUAUUACAAAACAGCGUGCUGCGCAUCCUGCUUGAGAGUAGCCAAUAGGCAGUCAGGGUUUCUGGGACGCAGAUAACACUGGCUCCAUUGGCUGUGCCAUCAGACUUCUGCCCAGUCCUUUGUGGCUGUUUGGACUGCAACAGAUUCUACCUUUUUUAAAGGAGAGGUUUUCCAUACUGGUGAGUGCUUCAAGGGUGUGAUUAAUGCACACCUCUGUGAUAUCACGAACACACACUGUAUAGGAACAUUUUGCCUUCAAAACAGCAUCUGGCAGAACUAACUGAGAGCCCAUCUUGGAAGAUGUAAGGAACUGUCUUAUGCAGUACAAUGAUAAUAAUCCAUGCAGAGGACCCAUAAUUUAAGAUCUUAAUUGGAAGCCAACUAAAGCUGCAGUCCUAUACGCACUUACCUACACCCACAGUAGAACUUACUUCCAGUUAGGGAUGGGAUCGGCUGGCCAGUGCCAGUUCGAAAGCAUUCUGUUGACCUAACAGGCUGGUAUCACUUUGAGUUUGUUCUUUGUCCACUAGCUACUGCGUUUACUGAUCCAUUUUUUUUCUCACAAAAAAUCUUAAUGUUAAUAUCAAUAUUUUGAAAGGAAACAUUGAUAGAAUUAUUCUAAAUAUCAGUUUUUGAUAUUUUUAAAUCCCUUUUUUAAUCCAUUUUUGAAAAUAGCUGUGGAAUACUGCUGCAUAAACAUCCGAUCCACAACGAUAAAGAAUAAGCAAAUUAAUCAAAACUUCAGUACCAAAUCUGAAUUGGGCUGAGUUCUAGCACAUCCCUGCUUCCAUUGCUUCCAUGCAUAGGAUUGCAUUAUGAAAAUCCCAAAGUAAUGGGUCAGCUUUUGGGUUUCACCAAGCUCUUCCUCAAGCUCUUUCUUUAUGUAAUAAUUCCAAGACAUCCAGUAAAAAGGUUGAAAAUUUUACUAGUACGAAGGUAGGAGUUCUAGCUAUAACAAUUGGUAACCACCAGAAUGAAAAUAGGAAUGGCAUUUUCUGAAAAUCUCAAUAUUCAGUUUAUCUAAACCUCAACUAAGGGUGCAAUCCAACUUGCAUUUAUACCAGGCUGAGGGGAGUUGGAUGUGGCAGAUCUCCAGCUGAGCUGGCUGGGUCCUAGCUCAGCUGGGCUACGCCGGCGUAAGUCCCUCAGCCUGGCCAGCCAGGACCCAACCUACUCAGCCGAGACCAGUGCAAGUGGAGCCGGGCUAAGCCGGUGUAAGGCCUGACAAAGGGGCAUGUCAGGGUGUGUCAGGGCAGGAGCCAAGGUGAGGGGACUUAGGCCACAUCCAACUUGUGUUAAGAGCACUCCUGCGGGUUCCAAAGUUACACUGGGGAAAAGGUCAGGCUAAGAAAAUAAUUGCAAUAGAAGUCAACGGAGAGGGUUUGCUCCCUAGCAGGCUUUUACUUUCUGGUCCCUGCAUGCAGCUCCCAGCUGAGCCGGCGUUCAGCCAUCCCAGAGGCUCCUGAGUGGCAAUUGGGUGCAGCAGAACUUUACACCAGCUUCUAUUGCUUCAGCACAAUUUACACCGGCUUCUCCUGAGUUGCAUUGCUCUGCCCAGCAGCCACUUUUUCCUGAAGAAAUUAGGAAUGGAAUUUUCUGAAAAUCUCAAUGUGCAGCUUAUCCACACAAAUUUCUUCUCAUUUGUUUUUUUACCAGUUUUGCUAAAAAUGUGAGCAACUCUCAAAUAUUAUGUGCAUGAUUAUAUAAAUCAUUAUACACAUUACUGUAUGUAUAGUAUUAUAGACAUAUGCACUCCAGUUUGCCUAAAAGCAACCAGUACAAAAACAGAGACACACAUUAAUGCAGAACUGUAUAAAAAUGCUUAAGUAUUAAUGUUUAUAAAUUAUGCUGCAGAAAUAUAGUAGCGCAUGGGCCUUGACUUUUUUUUGCACAUAAUUUUGUGUAUAAUUGUGCAUUUAAUUAGUCCAGCUUUUUUUAAAAAAAUGACAAUGCACAAACAGCUCAGACAUCAGUGGGGAAUUGGUGCAAGAGGUAAUCCAAUGCAGGCAAAAGCUCAGUCAGGUCAGAACCUCCAUAAUUCAUGUAUAAAUCUAUUUAAAACUAAUUCCUUCUCCAUUCCUAGAAGAAACCGUAUCAAAACAACUAUGCAUUUCAUGAAGGGAACAUUCUCAAAUUCCCAACUGCAUACAACAGACAAUCUGUACCAUGUAACACUUCAUUUCUGUUUGCAGCUUUAUCCAUAGACUCCACAUAUAAUUUUAUCUGAUUUGGUUUUACUACAUGUUAUAUUGUUGAACUGCUCAACUUUUUUAUUGGAACCAGCAAGCAGGAAAAAAACGGGUGUUUCCCCCCAAAGGCAGGUUAGAAAUAAAUAAAGCCAAUGACCGCCUGUGAAUCCCAAUUACUUCUAAAGACCAGUUUAAAUAAUUGCUGACAUUUGCCUAUUGCUUAUUUGCUGCAAAGGGAGGUCUGUAUCAAGCAAUGACCUUUCCAUUAAUUAAAAAAAAUUAUGUCAAAGGGUGGCAGAGAUAAUUUACAAAUAAUUGGAAUAGAUAUUUUGCACUGAAGAUAAUCUAAACUGCCUAGUAAGUCUGCAAAGAGCUGCUGGACGUACCAUUCUAAGACUAGCGUAUUGCCAACAGGAAGGCUACUAUGCCCUACCAAACAAUGGUGGCUGUGCCCAUUUGGAUUGGUAGGGCAGACGGCAAGGAGACCAAAGUAAGUGGAGCCAGACAGGAGGAGCCAACUCAUUCGUUUUGUCGCCAUCCUCCUCCUCCUCCCUGUUGAGUUCUACAAAGGCAACAAUGAGACUAAGAAGGAGAUGUGUAAGUAAGAAGGCAGGCAGAAGUGGGCUGGCUGAGGCCAACCUGAGAGAUUGCUGGGGCAGUGCCCUAAUUGUCUUAAUGGACCAGCCUACGAUACUACAAAUGCAACAUAUUUUUCUAUUCAUCCACUCCCCUUUCUUUAAAAAAAACUCAUUCCUGAGGAAGAAUUCUGUGAAAUUUGAAAGCUUGCUUAUUGUUUUGUGAUAAUUCUAAAGUUGGUCCCAAUAACAGUUAUGCCGUUGCUGUCCUUGUUCAGAUUUUUUUAUUCCCAAUGUACUAAUAUGACUGCUUACCAACACCCCCCCCCCCAUUUUUUUUGAGAAUUCCAACAGUUGUUGAACACCAGUUGUCCUGAAGGGCAUCAAAGUCAAAAAGGCAUGAAUAACCAAAUUCAGGAUGACACCAUUUAUUUGACUGGCUCCCUCCACCAUGAUGGAGGGAGCCUUUUUCUGUGAUCACUAAAGAUAAAUUCAGAAGUCCACAGGUCAGAUUUUUUUUCACCAUCUAAUUGAGUAACAGACUACUCUGACUGGCAGCUAGAGUGACCACAUGCCCUCCUUUACAGAGGAGAGGCUUCUGUUUGAAGGGCUAUCCUGUUUAAAAAAAGUCUAGUUUGAAGAUAGCCCUUACAAGGGGGAGCAGGAGAGGACUUGACACUGUCUGCCUAGGCCUGGAGAGCAGACAGAGCAAGCCUGCAGCUCACCUGGUCAGCUUUCCCUACUAUGGUGGGAUGUGUCGUACAUCUAAAUUAUUUAUAAAUUUGUAUCUAUAUAUGCAAAUCUAUGUCCUCUUGUGCCCUCUUUUUGGUGAUGCAUUUCCUCACCACCACCACCACCCCUGAUGUGUAAGUGACCAUUGUUACUGACACCAGCCUCCAGGCUCUGAGGCUGAGGUCUUUCCCAUCAUCUGCUACCUAACUGGGGAUGCCAGGGACCAAACCUGGGCCCUUCUACAUGCAAACCAUAUGCUCUGUCAGUGAGCUAUGGUCCCUUCCCAUGCCUGUUAUUUGAGUACGCAAACCUAAUCUUGUUGAUAUUCAUCCCACACAUUUGCUUUUCACACUGCACUUCAAAGUGUCUCUGUCCCAAGCAGAGGGCCCCAACACAGAUCUCACCCCCUAUGGUGGAUGCAAAAGGUAAAUAUCCUCUCAAAAAUCCACAAUGCAUGAGAGACUGUCAGCUCGUUCUGCUCAGUUCGUGUUUGCACAGGCUGAGCCUCUCCUACACUGAACAUUCCCCUUUGAACAGGCCCACAUUUCUUCAGGUGCCAGGAUUUAUUUUACCUAGCCACCUUGCCAUUCUCAGCAGAGGAGAAGUCCAAAGUUUCUCUCUGUGAAUGAGCAUGAUGGUGGUUGAUAUAGGUGCCUUUUUUCCAUUGAUGAGGCAGCUGAUGGGGGUGGGGACAUGCCUGCACCAAUUUGUGCCUGUCUCUGGUCUUUUGGCUAUGACAGCCAUUCUGCAUUAUGCCACAUCCCCAUGGCAGCCAUUUUGUCACUGUUCACAAUAAUGUCUCAAAAUUCCAAAUGUGGCCCAAAAAGGUUGGCAACGCCUAGUCUAGGGUAGGGAGCAAAUGGAAAGGAAACCUUCCUGAGUUUCAGGUAUGUACUACCCCAUUGAUUAUUUGAGCUUCAUUUGACUGGAGUGGCUGUUUACCUAUCCAACAUUUGAUGCAUCAUUCCUUUCACCUUAGACUUAUUAAAAGGCAAACAUUGCUAGGACCACAGAGCAGUUUUGUAGUAAGAAACUUACUCAGCAGCCUCCAGUAGUCCUGGAGAAUUUUUUUUCUCAAUUACCUCAGCUAAUCUGUAGUAAAGCAACAUGUAAUUUAAGUAUUGUUCUUCUAACCUACAUUCCUUUUUUCAGUUAUGUGGCAAACUUAAGCGGUCACACUUUGAACUGCCUACAUUUUUCACUUGUAAAACUAGUACAAGAGUAGAUGACACAAUAACCUCCAGAUGUUUGGACCACAACUCCCAUCAUCCCCGACCACUGGCCUUGCUGACUGAGGCUGAUGGAAGUUUUAGUCCAAACCAUCUGGAGGACCCCAUGUUGGCUACCUCUGCACUAUUGUAUGAAAUAGCCACUUUUUCAUUUUCCAUCUGUGUUGUUGAGGCAUGCUUGCAAUUUAGUAAUAUUCAUUUCUUUCUCUUAGCAGAGAUGGAAAAUAGUGUUAGAUGCACAUAGCCAAUGUUCAGACAUGGCCACGUUGAUAUAACCAUAUAAUCAGUUGAUAUAACUGAUAUACAUCAGUGUGGUGCCAUCCAGAUGUGGUAGGAAUUCAUCUCUUAGCCCAAAUCAGCAUGGCCAACAGUCAGGGAUGGUGGGAGUUGUCAAGCAACAUCUGGAGGACACCAUGUUGGCUGCCUCUGAUAUAUAUAUAUAUAAAACAGAUACUUUUGGCUCUUGAUGUAGACACCAGAAGAAAUAAGGCUGUCAAUAGUAGAGAUGUCAUGAGACACAUAUUUCUGUAGCUGGAAUUAUGAGCCUUGGAGGCUCAUAAUGCUCAUCUCAAAUAGAAGGAGGAACACUGAACUCUUCUCCAGCUUUGAUUUAAUCUGAGGGGAAGAAUCCCACUCUUUCCCUUCUCAGUCCUACUCAUCCAGCUCAUAAAUUAAUUCAGAUUGGCUCAGAAAUCAGUAGAGCUGCUUCCGGAUUUGGGGGGACAUAGCUCAGCUUCUUUUGAGAUGGGGAGGGGGGUGGAGUUUGCCCAUCACUCAAAGGACACAUAAAAAAACUCAGCCAGAUCUUCCCAUAGAAAACAGAAUGAACCCUGUUGUCAGACGCCUGAAAUUAACCCAAUCUGCCUGAAACAAGGAAGGAUAUACUUUGUUAUAACUUAUUUUUUUAUAUUUGUAAAUACCAGAUGUCUAUAGGGAAAUAUGUAUUCAAAGCUGUGUCUAUAUGGAAUAAGCCACUGCAUCAAAAUAGUUCUAUUAUUUAGAAUAUGAGAAAAAAUGGGGUUUUUUUUACAAAAAGGGACUAAAAGUGUAUUUAUUUAUAUAUGCCAUCUACAUUUCUACCCAGCUCUUUUGGCUACUAACCAGCCUUUGCCUUGGAGUUUUAUACCACACUGACAUAUAUAAAAGUAUCAUAUUGUAAAUCAAUAGUUAAUGGUUUCUUUAUUUCAUGGUUAAUAAUCCACUUCUACAAAUGGAUUUUUUGAAAAAAAGAAAAGAAAAAAGUGGAGAUGUAUAAGUUCGAAAGUACUUAUAGGCUAGUUCAGGAAUAUAUAUGCCCAGCAAUGCACCUGAACCAGAUCUGUACAGCAUCCUUUUCAUAUUUGUAUACAUAUUCUCCAAUGGGGGAAAAAGUUUGAUAUUUUUGCUUAUGACUAAUUUAUUUUUAUUAU